AUGGAUCUCAAUUCCACUUCGGAGGAAGACAAGGAUGAUAAAAUCGACGAUGACAAAGGAGAUGAUCAUCACGACGAUGAAAUUGAUAAUGAUGAUGAUGAUCUUGGUGGAGAUGGUGUUGGUGCUGGUCAGGAUGAGGCUCACACGGGGGAUGUUCGUAACGAUGAGGGUGUUUUUGUCCCCGAGGUUGUUUCGAGGGAUGAUGAUACCGGCAAGGUGGAUGAUGCCAAGAAUUCUGACCCAGUGGAACCUCUUGCAGAGAUCAAACAGCCUGAACAGUCUCAAGGUGGGGAGGAGAACAUUGAUGUUGAUGCAACAAUUGCAUCUGCUGUUAAAGCUGUGGAGAAUUUGUGUGUUGAUUGUACUUUUUGA